AUGUUUAGAAUGAAGGAGCACAAGAAGAUUGACGACAUGUUCGACCGAUUUUCCAAGAUAGUCAACGAUCUUCAUGCAUUGAAGAAGACUUACACCGAUAGGGAUCUUGUACGAAAGAUCCUACGGAGCUUGACAUCCGAAUGGCGAUCUAAGGCCGAUGCCAUCUAUGAGUCAAUCGGCACAUCAAAUGUCAUCAUCGACGGUUUAAGAGUCAAGCUUGUCAUGAAGAAGUUUUGCAAACUUCUAAGGAAGAAAAAAAGGUUGAGGAUGGCCGUGUGUGCUAUGGAUGUGGUGAAGCCGGGCACAUUUCGAACAAAUGUCCAAGAAGCGGAAGGAAUGCUUGUCACUUCAAAAAGCAAAGAGCAUACAUCUCUUGGGGUGGCGACUCCGGCGAUGAGUCAAGUGAGCAAGAGGAAGACGAAGAAGCAAAUCUUUGUCUCAUAGCCCAAGAAGAAGAGGAGUCCGCCAACGACGAAAACCAAGAGGCAUGUAUUUCUUCUACCAUUUCUUAUUCUUCUGAAGAAAUGCAAGAAGCUCUCCAAGAGCUUUAUGACGAGUUUGUUAGCUCUUCUAAAACCAACAAAGUUUUAAAGAAACAUUUUUCCAAUCUUGAAACUGAACUUGAAAAACUUCAAAAGGAAAAUGAAAAACUAAAAGAGGAAAAUAAAUUUUAUGGUAAAAG